AUGGCGAAAGUGGCUUCACCGAUGAUGAUGAUGGACAACCCGGACGCGUUCAAGAAGACGAGGAAAGGGAUCGAUGAGAAAGAAGAAGAAUCAGAAGAAGAAGACUUGUACGUUCGGUACAAAACCUUACAACGCGAAUUAGAGUUCAUACAAAUCCAAGAGGAGUACGUUCGGGACGAGCAGAAGAAUUUGAAAAUCGAACUUAUGAGAGCGCAAGAAGAGGUGAAACGAAUUCAAUCGGUCCCGUUAGUCAUCGGGCAGUUUUUGGAGAUGGUGGAUGAGAAUUCGGGAAUCGUCUCGUCGACGACGGGGAGUAAUUACUACGUGAGGAUUUUGAGCACUUUGAACAGAGAGUUAUUGAAACCUUCGUCGUCGGUGGCUUUGCACAGACACUCGAACGCGUUGGUGGCGAUUUUACCGCCCGAGGCGGAUUCGAGCAUCUCGUUGAUGAGCGACGCGGAGAGACCGGACGUGACGUACGCGGAUAUCGGCGGCGCGGACGUGCAAAAGCAAGAGAUGAGAGAGGCGGUGGAGCUGCCGUUGACGCACUUUGAUUUGUAUCGACAGAUUGGUAUCGACCCACCGAGAGGGGUUUUGAUGUACGGACCGCCGGGAACCGGAAAGACGAUGUUGGCCAAAGCCGUGGCGCAUCACACGUCGGCGGCGUUUAUACGAGUGGUUGGGUCGGAGUUUGUGCAAAAAUAUUUAGGAGAAGGCCCAAGAAUGGUGAGAGACGUGUUUCGAUUGGCAAAGGAGAACGCGCCGUGCAUCGUGUUCAUCGACGAGGUUGAUUCGAUCGCGACGGCGAGAUUUGACGCGCACACUGGGGCGGACAGAGAAGUCCAAAGAAUUUUGAUGGAAUUGCUGAACCAAAUGGAUGGUUUCGACCAAACGGUAAACGUAAAGGUGAUUAUGGCGACGAAUAGAGCGGACACGCUGGAUCCGGCGUUGUUGCGACCGGGAAGAUUGGAUAGAAAAAUUGAGUUCCCGAACCCUGACCGAAGGCAAAAGCGAUUAGUGUUUCAAGUGUGCACGGCGAAGAUGAACUUGAGCGACGAGGUGGAUUUAGAGGAUUACGUUUCUAGACCGGAUAAGAUUUCAGCGGCGGAUAUUCGAAGCAUUUGCCAAGAAGCCGGUUUGCAAGCGGUGAGGAAGAACAGAUACGUCGUCAUGCCGAAAGAUUUCGAAAAGGCGUAUAAAGUCUCCGUGAGAAAGCCGGGCGAUGAUUUCGAGUUUUACAAGUAA